AAUGAAAAAAGAAUCAUCAUUAUCACCGAAUAAUGGACCAAAUCAUCAUCAUCAACAACAACAUUCACAUGAUCAAACAUUAUUCAAUCAUCAUCAUCAUUCACAUCAUAUUCCGAAUGGAAAUGUACCAUUAUACAUUCCUGGUUCUCAAAAUAAUUCGGAAUUUGCUUCAGCAGCAGCAGGUUUAUUAUCACCUGAAAAUGGUCGACACAAUCCUACUAACACCGAUGUUGAUUAUAAUCCAUUUUUAUGGCAAUCAUUACGUAUGGCAAAUUUUGCACAACAAUCAUCUGGAUUAUUUUCAUCAUCCGCAUCAUCAUCUGCAUUGAAUCAACAACCAAAUCAAUAUGGUAAUUUUUUAUCAAAAUUUCCAUUCUAUUCAUUAUAUGAUUUAGCUGCAUAUUCAAAUGGUGCUGCAGCAAUAUCACAACAAUCAUAUCAACAUUUAUUGAAAACAUAUCAACAACAGAAUCCUAAUUCAACAUUUCCAUGGUCAUCAACAUUUGCGGCUGCUGCAGCAUCAGCAGCAAAUCAUCCAUCAUCAUAUCAUCAACAGGCAAAUUCUUUAUGUCAAGCAAUGUUAGAUAAUUUAGCACAUGAAAGAGCUGCAGCAGCAGCAGCGGCUGCUGCAGCUGCUGCUGCAUCAAUGAUUGAUAUGGAAAAAUUUCGUUGUCCAUAUUGUACGGAACAAUCAUCAUCCGCAUCAUUUGAUAAUAUGGAUAAAUUUCGUGAUCAUAUUAUAACACAUGUUUGUAAAAAAGAAUUUAAAUUUGUCUGUGAUCAAUGUAAAAAUCAACGUUUCGAAAGGAAAAAAGAUCUUGAUGAACAUUUAAUGGAAAAACAUUCAAUACGAUUAUAUCAAUGUCAAUUAUGUCAACAAACAUUUGAUACAAAACAAUCAAUACAAGAACAUUUUCAAACAUAUCAACAUUAUACAAAAGAUUUACAAUUAAUUUGUAUCAUAUGUGAUGAUGAUUUUGAUUUGGAAGAAUCGUUUUCUAAACAUGUUAAAUCUAAACAUAAUACAAUGAAUUUGAUGCAAAAACUUGAUGAAAUUUUUGUUAAUAACAAAGGUACCAAACAACAGCAACCGUUAACACCUUCGUCAUCAUCAUCAUCGCUUUCGGCAUCUGCUUCUUCAUCCUCAUCCUCUUCAUCUUCAUCAUCGUCGUCGUCAUCGUCAUCAUCAUCAUCAAUGUCUACACCAGUUACAAUAGCUACUACCACACCACAACAAUUCACAAAUAUGGCAACAAUUUCCGUAAAUGAACAUUCAAAAUCGAUUGUAAAAUCAUCAUCAUCACCAACAUCGAAUAAUUCAUCGAUAAUAUCCAACAACAACAACAAUGAUGAAUCGUCAAUUAUCGAUUCAUCGAUAACUAAAUCGAUUAAACAAUCACCACCACCAUCAAAAACAACAAAUGCAGGCAAUAAACGUUUAUCAAAUUUCGGUAUCGAUAAUUUAAUUAAAAAAGAUAAUCAUCAUCAUCAUCAAUCGUUACCACCACCACCAUCAUCAUCAUCAUUAUCGUUACAUCAUUCACAACAACAAAAAGCAAACAAUGUUUCAUCAACAAUGUAUGUUAUGUAA